UUUGCAGAGAACUCAAUUCAGAGCGCUCCUAAUACAUUCACAUGUGCGGAUGGUUCGUGCAUUCCAGAGGACUGGGUCGGUGAUGGUGAAGCCGAUUGUGAUGACAGACAUUUCAGGCAAGCAAAAGUGCAAAAGGGAUGCGACCUGAUGCACGAGUAUUCCAUUUGUACUCAAGGCGCUUCGAAAGCGUGCACUGCCGACGAAGGCGUACAUGCAUGGAAAGAGGUGGGUCGUAUCGGCUCGAUACUAGCGACAUUACUCAGUAUGAUUAAGGAACUAAAAAUCAAUAUGAGUGAUGCGGUGAACUCACUGUACUACAUCUACGACGUCUGUUCGUCAUCCUACUCCAAAUCACCGUUCGCGGCGGUCGCGGAGAAAAUCUGCGGCAGGCAGGACGAGAUUGCCAAGUACAGCGACUGUUAUCAGAACACGUUGGAGAAAUCGAAGUGUAGAAUACGAGAGGCGAAAACUGAAUGUGAAGCAUUGGAAGCGUUUAAUGCUAACCUUGACUGUGCCAUAGUGACAAUGAACGACGUCUGUGAGGUGGAUGCACAAAAUUUCGUUAUCGAGUUACAAGAGAUCAUCAACGAUAUGGUCAUCGAGAGGAAAUGUUUAGAGUCACAUGAAAAAGAAAAUGCAGCUCCGACAAUAGCAGCAAACGAGGACGAGUUCCGCCUUGAAACAAAGUUGACACGUUGUGCAGACGAGCAGGAAAAUAGCGCUCUUGCAUGUCUUGUGGAACUGUUGGAGAUCAACAAGCAGCUAACACAAUUCCAACAUCUCAACUUCUUACUUGAAAUUGCCACCGAGAACUCGUCGGUGGUGGCUCAUAUCUGUGAACUGUACAGCAAGUACGAAAAAUGUCUCCAUGCCAGCGUUUUCAAAAAUCAGAUGCGAUGUUCGUUUGCUAGUCCGCUCAACACAUUGGCCAGGAUCGGUCUUGCACCAAUCUGUUCAAUUGACUCUCGACCGUUGCUUUCCUCCCAUAGGGAUUGCUUAGUUAAGCUGGCUGCACAAGCUGGAGAGACGUCUAACUGCCAAAGUGGCCUUGCAGGUUUAGGAAGCACCGUAAACAUGAUGAUGCAGGGAAUCCACAGCGAGGCGCUUCUUUGUAAGUCGUUCUAUCUCAUUCGCAACACUUUUGAUUGUGGUGAAAGAGCCGUUCAGCAACAAUGCGAUGCUAAAGCUCUAGUGGAUCUCAGAACACUCAAAAACCAGAUGAGUCAAAUCGGCGAGGAAGAAGGCUGUCCGCAUGAACCACCGGCGAAUCUCGACGAAAUUAUUGCUCGUCCAGUUAAACGGCCGACACUGCGGCCAGGUGUGGCACCAAUGGCUCGUCCACUCAAUACCGCGGUACCACUAAUGUCCAAUACCCCGUCAGUGAAAUUCCCAUCUUCAUCUUCGCCACCACCUCAUGUGCCAGUCACCUGUAGUUCAGAACAACAGAAGAGGUUCGAGCAAUGUGUACGACCAUUGACCGCUUUCCAACCUCAUCCAUUGUCGGUAAUUAAAGUACCUAGGCAAAUCGAAGACGCUUGUGAAGAGUUCAAAAAGUUCCAGACCUGUGUCACCGACGUCACGUGCCAUCCGUUAUGGGCUAAAGGCAUGACGGCUAUGUUUUCUUAUGCUUGCGGUGAAGGCAAUGAACAGUACAAAAAGAUACGUCAAUGUCUCCGAAAGAUCUCCGCCGAGGACACCGUGAAGGAGUGUGUGACGAAGUUCUCACGUGGUGCACCAACUCAAGCAUGUCUGUCGGCUAACGCUCUACUCACUUGCGCUAUUGCUCCAAUUCAGACUGAAUGCAACGACGAGACAUCCGAUUGGGUGAUUAAAUAUGUGACGAAAUUCGCCACUGCUAUUGAUUCUCGGUGCAAACUGGCCAGCCAGCUACCGAUUGGUAAGGUAAUCGGUGUGGGUUGCACGCCUGAGGAGGAGGCGAUCAUCGACCACUGUGCAGCGCCACUGAACGACAUUGGUAGUCGAAUGGAAGAACUCUUCCAGGGCGGACUUCAAGCCAUGAUCAAGAACGUGAACAGUCUCGCACCGGUGUUCGCUGGCGGGUGCAAUUUGACUGACGAAUUCCGUCAAUGUGCAUCGUUUCUGUUGUCCGGACGUACGCCUUGCGUCAUCUCAUCCUGUAUGAUACUUGCCGGCGAGGGCAUUUGCGAUCAGCCAGACCCCACCCAAGCCAUUGACGACAAUCUGAGCUGUGUAUUUGCUCAGGUUCAAGAGCCAUCGUUCGCCAGAUGUAUUCGUUCAACACUCUCCACAGUGAAACAAUUCACAUUGAGCUCAUUCCGUAAUGUGUUGCCCAGGUUCGUUGAUUGCACUGAGGAACUCGUACGCGCCAAAUGUGGAGACACGCCUAUCAAGAUUCUUCGGGCCAUGUCCUCCCCGGAUAUCUGUCCUGUGGGCCCGGCUCCAAUUGUGCCGGUGAGUCGAGCAAAAGAUCCUCAACGAGUGGGGCCACAGAUCGAUAAACCAGUAGUAUCGAUCGCAACCGGUUGCUCUGAACAGGACAUGAUCACCUAUUUGUCGUGUGAGAGUUCAAUUGAUCCGUUUAGCUUCCGACCGAUCUCGAUCAUUGGUGACGGUUCUAAAUGGAAUGAGAUGUGCGCGGCGUUUGAAGGGUCAUACAGACCGUGCGUGGAGAAGAUGACAUGCCGAUUUGAGCCUAUUUCAUCAGCAAAUAUACAACUAUUUGAUGGUAUUUGUAAUAGACCGUUGACACUUCGUGAUCAGAAAUCGUUUGGUCGUUGUCUUUCUAACUACACGAACAGUGCAGUUGGACAGAAGUGCAUCUCCGGGAUGGCCAGUAUCGACCCGAUGGCGGCUGACGCUCCGAAGAAGAUGUGUGAAGCGUUGAACUCAAUACUCACAUGCGCCGGAAACGAUAUCGAAAAGGAAUGUGGGUACGAUGCACUUCUUCACGUCUACGAGCAACACAUACAAUGGGCUCAAGCUUACAACAAGAGCUGUGUUAUUCAAUCUCCAGAGUCUAGAUCAGUAUCAACGAACACUCUGGAUAAGUCCAGAGAUGUUGAGCCGUUGCAUGUUGUCCGAGACGAGACGACGCCACAUUCCGUACCUCAGAAAGAUCCCACAACAACUGUUUUAACUUCCGAUUCGGAAAUCUCUCCAACUUCACCGACCAUCGUUACGACGACGAGCUCAGAACAACCUAUGACGACGACGCAUCAAGAAGACGCCACAGCUGCUGGCAAAGGUUAG